CAGACCGUGCUAAUCGAACACACAACAAUCGAGCCCAGAGCUAAUCGUUCAGAGUUUCAGUAUCCCUGUUAUCUGUCAACGGAAAACAUUGAGAUUAACGCGAAGACAUCGUUUCGCUGACCGUGGCGCAUACCCUUUUCGAAGGGUAGUGUAUCGUCACACACGACCAUGGUUUUUGAAACCCUGGUCAGUGAUCUGUUGAACAGGUUCAUUGGCGAUUAUGUGGAGAACCUGGACAAGUCGCAACUCAAGAUAGGCAUUUGGGGAGGAAAUGUCGUUCUUGAAAAUCUCAGAGUUAAGGAAAAUGCUUUGAGUGAAUUUGAUGUGCCCUUCAGAAUAAGAGCUGGCCAAGUCGGGAAGCUAACCUUAAAGAUCCCAUGGAAGAACCUGUAUAACGAUGCAGUGGUAGCCACUCUCGACGGUCUGUAUCUUCUAGUGGUUCCAGGAACAACCAUCAAGUAUGACGCGGACAAAGAGGAGCGCUACACACAGGAGGCCAAGCAGAGGGAGCUGCAGCGCAUCGAGGACGCCCUGCAGAUGGCCGCGCGUAGGGCCUCACAGACAGGAGACUUCCUCCUCGAUCUGGAGAGCGUUGUUUACAAGGAGCAGGCGAACGGACACAAAAAGCCUGAAAAGCCUAAAAAAGGUUUCAGGAAGUUGAAACGCCAUGAGAACAAAAAAGAAAAGCCCCAAGAUGAGAAAAAGGACACACUCGUGGAGAAACUGGCCGCCCAAGUCAUUAAGAACAUCCAAGUGAAGUUAACCAGCGUCCACAUCAGAUAUGAAGAUGAUCUGUCGGACCCCGAGUGCCCCCUCUCCAUGGGAGUAACGAUGGCAGAGCUCAGCCUACAGACAGCAGAUGAAAACUGGAAGACAUGUAUACUGAACGAGGCAGCCAAGAUAAUCUACAAGCUGGGUCGCCUGGACUGCCUUUGUGCCUACUGGAACGUGAACAGCCCCAUCUUCUACAGAGAGUCCUGGGAAGUGAUUUUGGAAAAGCUCAAAGCAGGCAUCAGCACCAAGAACGAGGAGCUCAUGGACCACCAAUACUUUUUCAAGCCGGUCUUUGCCUCGGCUAAGAUGUGCAUCAACCCUACUGCUGAGCUGGAACUGAAGACCCCUAAAGCUAACCUAUAUCUGGAGGUCCAGGAUAUCGCCAUAGAAAUCACCAAACCACAGUACGUGACGAUGGUGGAUCUACUUCAGUCCGUCGACUGUAUGGUUAAGAAUGGGCCCUACCGCAAGUUCAGACCUGAGGUCCCAGUACACACCAACACCAGCAUCUGGUGGGGCUAUGCAUUCAAAAGCAUCCUGGAGGUCCACGUCCGUCGGUUCAACAGGAUGUGGUCUUGGUCCAACAUCAGGCAGCACAGGGAGAACCUGAAGGCCUACAAGGCAGCCUGGAAGGCCAGGCUGCUGACCCAGGGGAAGCUCAGUGUGGACACGGACAAACAGGUCCAGGACCUGGAGAAACUACUGGACGUCUUCAACAUAACGUUAGCCCGACAACAGGCCAAGAUGGAGGUGAUCCGCUCGGGCCAGAAGGUGGUGGCUAAGAAGACGGCGGCCGCCCAGAAGCAGGGUGGAGGGGGCUUCUUCGGCGGCUUCUUCAGCCGGAAGCCCAAAAAGGAAGAGCAGGAGGAGUCCAUAGAGCCAGCAGAGAGUUCAGGGUUGGAUGAGCUAAUGACCACCGAGGAGAAGGAGAAGCUCUACACUGCCAUCGGUUACAGUGGAAGUAGUCACAACCUGGCCAUACCCAAGCAGUAUGUGGCGGUUGUAGCCAACUUCAAGCUAUCCAAGACCUCCAUCACUGUGAGAGAGUUGCCCAACGUCCCGGAGAUCCUGAAGAUCCAGAUGAUUGACCUGAGCACCAAGAUCUCCCAGAGACCCGGAGCCCAGGCCAUCAAGGUGGAGGCCGCCCUGGCGCGCUGGCUGGUGACCGGCCUGAAGCAGCAGGGGGCGGUGCCCUCGCUGAUCGCCUCGGUGGACGAGGCGGCGUCCUCGCUGCUCAGCGUGCGCUUCGAGCUGAGCCCGGAGGAGAGUGCCGCCGAUCAGCUGCUCCACGUCAGCUCCCAGCCCGUGGAGAUCAUCUACGACGCGCUGACCGUAACCAGCAUAAUGGAGUUCUUCAAGACGGGGAAGGGAGUGGACCUGGAGGUGUUGACCUCUGCCACACUCUCAAAGCUGGAGGAGAUUAAGGAGAAGACCGCCACAGGUUUAUCUCACAUCAUCGAGACCAGGACGGUACUCGACCUGAGGAUCGACCUAAAGCCCUCCUAUCUGUUGCUCCCAAAGUCUGGCUUCUACCACUCCCAGACAGACGUCAUCAUCGUAGACUUUGGUAGCCUACAGCUGAACAGUGUGGACCAGGGCAGACAACAGGCCUCCUCUGCCAGCUUCUCGUCCCUGGAGGAGAUCAUGGACCGGGCCUAUGAGAGGUACUCCCUGGAGCUACGCAGCGUCCAGAUCCUCUACAGCAAGUCAGGGGACGCCUGGAAGACGGCACGGCUACAGGGCUCCUCUGCGCAGCACAUCCUCCAGCCUAUGGACUUCACCGUGCAGCUGGCCAAGUGCAUGGUGGAGAAGGACGCCCGCAUGGCCAGGUUCAAAAUGUCGGGAGAACUACCUUUAAUCCACGUGAAGAUUUCCGACCAGAAGAUCCGAGGGGUGUACGAGUUGGUCAACAGCAUCCCUCUUCCCAACAUGGGCUCGACCCCGUCCACCCCCACCCAAAAGAUCCCCACCCUGGCGGGGGCCAGACCCGGCGUUCUCAGCCUGCAUCCAGCCUUCAUGGAUACCAUGGAAACAGAUUCUGAUGAAGACGCCAGUGGGCGAUUGAUGGAUGAAGACCCCAAAAAAUCUGCUGUAGAGGAGCUUACUGACGUGCAAUUCAAGUUUGAAGUCAAAAAGGUCCUGCUGGAGCUAACCAGGCAGGCAGCCCAGGAAAACACAGUUUUAGUCCUCAGUGCAACCGAGUUAGGAGCUGAAGGCAAGCUGAGGUCGUUUGACUUCACUGUGACCUCGUACCUGCGCAAAGUAGGCCUGGACUUCUUUGAGAUUAGGGAUCAGAGGAACCAGCCUCUCCAUCUAAUCAGUUCCUCAGACAAACAGGGCACUGACCUGCUGAAAGUGGACUUCAUCAAGGCUGAUUCUAAUGGGCCAAGCUUCCAAUCUGCCUAUGACAACACUGAGCAGACACUGAAGGUGGAGUUCUCCUCGCUGGAUUUCCUGCUGCACACCAAAGCCCUGCUGUCCACCAUCAACUACCUGAGCAGCGCUUUGCCCUCGGAGCUCAUCGCCUCCAGGGACACAGACACCAGGAGACAGGUGGAAAGGGCCGGGCCGGGCAAGACGGUGUCAAAAGGCUCCAAGGAUGGUGGUGUGUUUAACCUCAAGCUGUUUGCCAUGCUGGGAUGCUUCCAUGUGGAAGUGUAUGAUGACCAACGUAGUAUCGCUGACAUCAGAGUUCAAGGCAUCGACGUGUCAGUCCUGGUCCAGGCCAAGGAAACACAGGUGUCUGCACGACUCCGAGACAUUGUGGUCAUGGACGUUGACCCAAAAACGAUUCAUAAAAAGGCGGUGUCCAUCAUGGGCGAGGAGGUGUUCAGCUUCAAGCUGUCCCUAUACCCCAGUGCCACCGAGGGAGAGGGCUACUCGGACACCUCCAAGGUGGACGGGAAGGUCACCCUCAGACUGGGCUGCAUCCAGAUUGUCUACCUGCACAAGUUCCUCGUCUCCCUGCUGAUGUUUGUGGACAACUUCCAGACGGCCAAGGAGGCCCUGAGCGCCGCCACGGCCCAGGCGGCGGAGAAGGCCGCCUCCAGCGUCCGCGACUUCGCCCAGAAGAGCUUCCGUCUCUCCAUGGACAUCCGGCUGAAGGCGCCCCUCAUCGUCAUCCCCCAGUCCUCCGUGUCCCACAAUGCCUUUGUGGUGGACCUGGGUCUGAUCACGGUGGGGAACAGCUUCUCCCUGAUCCCCAGCGAGGGUCAUCUGCCGCUCCCUGCCGUGCUUGAGAAGAUGGAUGUCAAGUUGACACAGCUGAAACUCUCCAGAACCACAGUGAAGCGGGACUCUCAACAACCAGACAUCGAGAUCCUGCAACCGAUCAACUUGGAGCUUCUCAUCCACCGUAACCUGGCCGCCUCGUGGUUCACCAAGAUCCCCGGUGUGCAGGUCAAAGGCGUGCUCAAGUCCAUGAAUAUGACUCUGGGCGAGGAAGACUUUGGCGUGUUGAUGAAGAUCUUGGUGGAGAACAUUGGAGAGGGCAGCAAAGAACACCAAAGGGUCUUAAGGACACAGGGGUCCCAAGAGAAGGCAGUGCUGGCUGCAGAGCAGGCGGGGCCUGUGUCCCCCCCAGUGCGACCGGGAGACCAGCCCCUCCUGACCAACGGAGCGCUGGAAGAAAACGCGCUCAACGUUCUCCUCAACUUUGAAAUCAAAGAGGUGGUGGUGACGCUCACCAAGUCACAAGAGCAGAAGGAGAAGGCCUUCCUGGUUUUCCACAUGGCCCAACUGGGAAUAGACACCAAAGUCAGGAAGUCUGACAUGUGUGCCACCACCUACAUCAAGAAGAUCUCAAUGAAGUGCUUGGAGUUCACAGGCUCUGGCGGUGAGCCCCUGUGUUUGAUCAGCUCCUCUGUGGAGUCUGGAGCGGAGCUUCUCAAAGUGCAGUACUUCAAGGCGGACAGAGACGGUCCCAACUUCAAGACUGUGUACAAGAACACGGAGCAAAUGAUCAAUGUCACCUUCUCCUCGCUGGACGUGCUGCUGCACACCGAAGCGCUCCUGUCCACCAUGAACUUCCUGUCCACGGCUCUGACCUCAGACAGCCCUCCCUCCCCAGAGAGGGAGCCCAGACCCAAGGCAGAGGAGCCCAGCAAGGCGCUCUCUGCUAAGUCCACUCCGUCAGGCGUGGCUGCAGACUGUGAUGUCAUCGAUCUGAAGGUGAUGAUGCAGCUGGGAGCGUUCAACGUCCUGGUGUGUGACCAGAGCUGCAGCAUGGCCCACAUCAAAAUCCAAGGGCUCAACGGCUCCUUACUGAUGCAAGGGCCCCAAACGCACCUCUCUGCCCGCCUGAGGGACUUCAUCGUCCUCAACGUCGACCCCAAAAGCAUCCACAAAAAGGCCAUCUCCAUCGUGGGGGACGAGGUGUUCAGCUUCGCCAUGAGCCUGACCCCCAGUGCCACCGAGGGCCCCGGCUACACGGACACCUCCAAGGUGGACGGCAGGGUCAAGCUCAACGUAGGCUGCAUCCAGGUGGUCUACCUGCACAAGUUCGUCAUGUCCCUCCUGAACUUCACCAACCACUUCCACGCGGCCAAGGAGGCCCUGAGCGCCGCCACGGCCCAGGCGGCGGAGAAGGCCGCCUCCAGCGUCCGCGACUUCGCCCAGAAGAGCUUCCGUCUCUCCAUGGACGUCCGGCUGCAGGCGCCCCUCAUCGUCAUCCCCCAGUCCUCCGUGUCCCACAAUGCACUGGAGGUGGACCUGGGUCUGAUCACGGUGGGGAACAGCUUCUCCGCGCUGCCGGUGGAGGGCUGCCCGCUGCCCGCCGUCAUCGACAACAUGGACGUCCAGCUCACUGAGCUCAAACUCUCCAGGAUCUGCAUCGACCCGGCCUCAGAGCGACUCAGUACAAAGCUCCUGGAGCCGGUGAACCUGGUGCUCAGCAUCAAGAGGAACCUGGCCGCCUCCUGGUACAACAAGAUGGCCGCUGUUGAGAUCGACGGAGACCUCAAGCCCAUGAGGGUGACGCUGAGUCAGGAGGACCUCAGGGUGCUGCUCCGGAUCCUGACUGAGAACCUGGGAGAGGCCAGCGGGCUGCAGCCGCCCGCCCCCAGACCAGAACCCGGUCUGCCGCUCAGAAGCAGCGGCUCCCCGGCCCCAGACGGGGGGGUGCAGCCCAGACAGACCCGAGGGCAGGCGGAGGAGGAGCCUGUCGAAACGGUCAGGUUCAACUUCAACUUUGAGUCCCUGUGCCUGGUGCUGUACAGCAACGACCCCAAACAGACGCUGGUCCCUGACCAGCGCCUGGACAGCCUCCAGCUGGGGCAGUUUGCCCUCCACCAGCUCAGGGCUUCUGGGAAGCUGCUGGCCGACGACAGCCUGGAGGUCAGCACCAUCCUCACGGCGUGCACCCUGGACGACCUGCGGAGCGGCAUGCAGAGGGUCACCUCCCAGAUGCUGGGCCGGCGGGCGGGGGAAAGCCCGAACGCCAUGAUCGACGUCACCUACCGCCAGAACCCCGCCGAGAGGGAGGUGGUGGCGGUGCUGCAGAGGCUCUAUCUGUGCGCCAGCGUGGAGUUCCUGAUGGCCGUGGCGGACUUCUUCGUCAAGGCCCUGCCCCAGGGCCCCGCCCAGCUGCCGGUCGCCGCCCACGGCGACAAGCUGCCUUUCAAACAGCUGUCGGAGCAGAGAGUCACGGCCCACACCCAGAAUGCUGCGGUGCCCAGGACGCGGCUGAGGGCGGUAGUGGUGGACCCCGAGGUGGUGUUUGUGGCCAACCUUAUGAAGGCGGACGCCCCGGCCAUGGUGGCGUCCUUCCAGUGCGACGUCCGCCUGAGCCUGGAGCCGGACGGAGCCCAGAACAUGACGGCUAACCUCAGGGAGCUCAAGGUGCUGGCCUGUCCCUUCAUCCGCAGCAAGGAGGACAAGGCUGUCACCACGGUUCUGAGGCCGUGCUCCGUUGUCAUGGAAACCAGCACUCUCCCCAACCGCCCGCUGAAUGGUUCUUUGGUCGUAGAGGAAGUCAUCGUCAAAAUCUCCCCGGUCAUCCUCAACACGGUCAUGACCAUCAUGUCGGCCAUGACCACCAAGCCCCAGGACCAGCAGGACCAGGGGCCCAAGCUGGACGUCGGGGGCCUGUGGUCGGUCAUGGACAUCUACGCGUGUAACUUCUGGUUCCUGGGCGUGGACCAGGCCUGCGAGGUCACCGAGAGCUUCAGGGAGCAGGACGGUCGCAACGUAGGGGAGAGCUUCAGCGUGGAGGUCAAGGUGGUCCAGGUGACGAUGGCGUCCGGGUUGGGCCACCGGACGGUGCCCAUGCUGCUGGCCGAGUCCUCCUUCAGGGGCCUGGCUAAGAACUGGUCCUCCCUCCUGAACCUCAGCGCCGACAUGACCCUGGAGGUGAACUACUUCAACGAGACCCACGCCAUAUGGGAACCUCUGAUCGAAAGGGUCGACAAUGGAACCCGCCGCUGGAACCUCAAGCUAGAGAUGAAGAACAGCCCCGUCCAGGACAAGAGCCCCGUGCCGGGAGACGACUUUGUGGUCCUCCCCGAGCCACGCACGGCCAUCAACAUCUGCUCCAGGGACACCCUGAACAUCACCGUGUCCCAGUGCUCCCUCAGCGUCUUCAGCAACCUGGCCAAGGCGUUCUCCGAGAGCACCGCCUCCACCUUCGACCGCUCCCUGAUGAAGGAGAAGGCCCCCUACACCAUCCGCAACGCGCUGGGCCUCCCGCUGAUGGUGCAGCACUCGGCCAACCUGCGGGUGGUGGGCUCCCCCACGCUGGGCAAGCUGCAGGAGGUGGCGGUGGGCCAGAGUGUGGACCUGGACCACUCCAUGUUCCAGUCGUCCUCCCGGGGGAAGCUGUCGGCGCUGCAGCGGCAGGAGAGCUGCCUGUUCAACCUCACCAUCGUGCCGUCGGGCUACAGCGAGAUCUCCAACAUCGCGGUGGACCAGCCGGGCCGCCGGCUCUACAACGUGCGCGGGCCCAGCGAGGUGGUCUCCAUCCUGCUGCAGAUCGACGCGUCCGAGGGCAACAAGGUCAUGACCGUGCGCUCGCCACUGCAGAUUAAGAACCACUUCUCGGUUCCCUUCGCUCUGCUGAAGUACUGCCCCACGUCCCGGAGCAUGGUGGCGAUCGGGGUGGCUGAACCCGAGAAGGAGUUCCACGUGGCGCUGGAGAGCUACAGAGCCCAGCUGUUCCUGCAGCCCGCGGGGCCCCUGCAGGGCCAGUACGGCCCCUCGGCCACCUGCAUCUCCUGGAAGGAGCAGGUGCACCGCAGCACGGAGGUGCGGGCCCAGCUGCAGUGCCCGGCCAGCGACAGCAGCUUCCUGCCUCUGAUGGUGAGCACGCUGGCCGCCCCCGACGACCUGCGGCACAUCACCAACCACGGGGACCACGAGUGGGACCCGGCCUACAUCAUCCACCUGUACCCGGCCGCCACCCUGCGCAACCUGCUGCCCUACACCGUCCACUACCUGCUGGAGGGCUCGGCCGAGUUCCACAAGCUGCUGGAGGGCAGCAGCUCGGACGUGCUCAACGCGCGCGUCAGCGGGGAGAUCAUGGAGCUGGUGCUCAUCAAGUACCAGGGCCGCGAGUGGCACGGCCACCUGCGCAUCGACCAGGGCAUGCCCGAGUUCCUCUCGCUGUGCUUCACCUGCGACUCGGACCCCAAGCUGACGGUGGACGUGGGGGUGCACCUGGUGCAGGCGCAGGGCCAGACGCUGCUGUCCCUCUUCAGCCCCUACUGGAUCAUCAACAAGACGUCCCGGGUGCUGCAGUACCGCGCUGAGGAGGAGUCGGUCAAGCACCCGGCCGACUACCGCGACGUCAUCCUCUUCUCCUUCCGCAAGAAGAACAUGUUCAGCAAGAACAAGAUCCAGCUGAGUGUGUCCACCAGCGCGCUGUCCGAUGGCUUCUCUCUGGACACGGUGGGCAGCUACGGCUGUGUCCGUUGUCCCGCCAGCACCUUGGACUACCUGGUGGGGGUGAGCAUCCAGAUGAGCAGCUUCAACCUGACGCGCAUCGUGACCAUGAGUCCCUUCUACACCCUGAUCAACAAGUCGUCGUACGAGCUGGAGGUGGGCGAGGUGCCAGAGGGCCAGGGCUCUGGGGACGUGAGGUGGCACUACAUCUCUGCCUCCGAGUGCCUGCCCCUGUGGCCUGAGAGCGGCACGGUGAAGCUGUGUGUGCGCGUGGUGGGCUCCGAGUCCAGCUCCAAGUCCUUCUACUUCAACCGGCAGGAGAGCGGCACCCUGCUGGGCAUGGACGUGUGCGGAGGGGCCAUAGUCGACGUCAGCAUCACGGACCACUCCGCCGUCAUCAGCUUCACCGACUACUACGACGGAGCCAGCCCGGCUCUGGUGGUGAACCACACCCCGUGGCUUACCAUUGGCUACAAGCAGAGUGGGCAGUCCGCGGUACGGGAACUGAAGCCCGGCAAGGCCCAGCGCUUCGCCUGGGACGACCCAGCGGGCGUCCGCAAGCUGAGCUGGAGCUGCCUGGAGCACUCUGGAGAGCUGGACCUGAUCAAGGACGAGUGCGGUCAGUUCACGUACGACCGCCUCUCCCAGGCCCACUGGGUCUCCUUCCUGGACGGGCGCCAGCGUGUGCUGCUGUUCACGGAGGACGUCGCCGUGGUGACCAAGGCGCGGCAGGCGGAGGAGCUGGAGCAGUUUGAGCAGGAGGUGAACGUGUCCCUGCAGAACCUGGGCUUCUCGCUGGUCAACAACGCCAGCCGGCAGGAGAUCGCCUACGUCGGGAUCACCAGCUCCGGCGUGGUAUGGGAGAUGAAGCCAAAGAACCGCUGGAAGCCGUUCAACCAGAAGAACAUCAACCUUCUGGAGAAGGCCUACCAGAGCCACGUGGCAGGGAAGAAGGAGGCGGUCUGGGUCAAACUGGAGUCCAUCAUAGAGGUGAACUUUGGAAAGAUCCCCAUGGUGAUGCGCGCGCCCUUUUCCUGUGCUGUGAGGCGGAACUUCCUGUCUGGGAUACAGGUGGAGUUCAAACAGUCGCCGCACCAGAGAAGCCUUCGAGCACAGCUCCACUGGUUGCAGGUGGACAACCAGCUUCCUGGUGCAAUAUUCCCCAUCGUCUUCCAUCCUGUCCCUCCUCCAAAGUCAAUCGCUUUGGAUUCAGAACCAAAGCCUUUCAUUGAUGUUUCCAUCAUCACACGGUUCAACGAACACAGUCAUGUCAUGCAGUUCAAGUACUUCAUGGCUCUGGUGCAGGAGAUGGCUGUGAAGAUAGACCAGGAUUUCCUGGCUGCCAUAGUGGCUCUCUUCACCCCCGCCACGGACGGGCGAGCUGACAGUCAGAAGACCAAGCUCAUCCAGAGGGAUCUGGACUCUCUGCAGGCUGAGCUGAUGGAGGCUUCGAUGACGGACACGUCGGGACUCAACUUCUUUGAGCACUUCCACAUCUCCCCCAUUAAGCUCCACCUAAGCCUCUCUCUGGGCUCCGGCGGGGACGAGUCGGGCCGGCAGAACAUGGUGGCCAUCCAGUCGCUCAACCUGCUGCUGAAGAGCAUCGGCGCCACGCUCACCGACGUGGACGACCUCAUAUUCAAGCUGGCCUUCUUUGAGGUCCGCUACCAGUUCUACCACAGGGAUAAGCUGAUGUGGGCGGUGAUCCGCCAUUACAGCGAACAGUUCCUGAAGCAGAUGUACGUUCUGGUCCUGGGUCUGGAUGUGUUGGGGAAUCCGUUUGGGCUGAUCCGAGGCCUGUCCGAAGGAGUAGAGGCCUUCUUCUAUGAGCCUUUCCAGGGUGCGGUGCAGGGUCCUGAGGAGUUUGCGGAGGGCUUUGUGAUCGGAGUGCGCAGUCUGCUGGGUCACACCGUCGGGGGCGCUGCUGGCAUGGUGUCCAGGAUCACCGGCUCGGUGGGGAAAGGCCUGGCAGCCAUCACCAUGGACAAGGAGUACCAGCAGAAACGCAGGGAGGAGAUGAACCGGCCGCCCAAGGACUUCGGCGAGAGCCUGGCCAAGGGUGGCAAGGGCUUCCUGAAGGGGGUGGUAGGAGGCGUGACGGGCAUCGUCACCAAACCGGUGGAGGGGGCUAUGAAGGAGGGUGCUGCUGGCUUCUUCAAAGGCAUCGGGAAGGGGCUGGUGGGCGUGGUUGCCAGGCCAACGGGGGGCAUCGUUGACAUGGCCAGCAGCACUUUCCAGGGAAUCCAGAGGGUUGCCGAGUCGACUGAGGAGGUGACCAAGCUGCGGCCGGUGCGGCUCAUCAGGGAAGACGGGAUCAUCAGACCUUACAACCACAGCGAGGCCCAGGGUCUGGACCUCUUCCAGAAAUCAGAGAUCAAACAGCUAGAAGGAGAGGUGUUCAGAGAUCACUGUCUCUACCCUGGAAACAGGAAGACCAACAUCAUCGUCACAAACAGGAGGGUGAUGUGUGUGAGGGAGAUUGACUUUGUAGGACAUUUCAACAAGGACUGGGAGUACUUGUUUGAGAACUUCAACAGGCCUCCUGUGGUGGCCGGGACAACACUGCAACUCUACUGCAAGGAGCAAAAUAAGAUGAUGCUCUCCAGGAAAAAUGGGCAGGAUCCUGUGAGGGUAGUGGAGCUCAAGGACCAGAACACAGCCAAGAGACUGCAGGCAUCCAUAGAACAAGCCCAGGUGGCCUGUCAACAGUACAAGAUGGUGAGGCAGAAGUCUCAGCGCUUCCUUAAACCUUCCAACAAACCCUGAGUGGUCCUUUUGCACUGCUGUCAGGGGGUAUGACGUCCAUAGAUAGGCCCUUACUCAUUGAACGUGACAUUCAGUAGUCAUUGUUAAACAAACACACACACAGAGUGCCUUGAGGACCAGAGUUACCAAAAAUGUAUCGCACCAUAAUUGGGAUAAGUUUAAGUUUACGUGUAUAAUUUGUUAGAACAUGGCACUGAACUGUGUGUGUUCAGUGCAGACAAUUAUUUUCUCAGAACAAACCUUUAACAUGACAACAUUUAAACUUCAGUGUUGGCCAUUGACAUACACUGGGGCAACCAAUAGUUUGCAAAUUUAAGGUUAUUGAGGCUGAUGUGUCAUCGAUAACGGAUAUCAAGCCUAUACCAAUGAAUGUAGAUGACGAUUUUUUUAUUUUGCUAUAUACUGAACAGAUUCCUAUUUUCUUGUAAUGUAUGGCAGAUAAUUCACUAUGACAUUUCUUUUGCAAGAGUAAAUUAUUGAUUUAGAUUGAUAAUCAGACUAAUGACGAUAGAAAUAAUGUUGUUUCCGUCAACACAAAAAAAUGAAGCCUUGCAUGCACUAUAAAGCAAAUUCUAUAUGAAAAAUAAAUUUGCUCUUAGCAAGGUGCUGUCUUUUGCUAUGCACACAUUUAUGAAAAUAAAUCCGAGCAAAUUUCAAUCAUUAAAUAUAAUAAGAGGAAACAAAUAUGUAACCAAAUAAUAUCUAAUCCGAACUUUAUACAAAAUAUUUGAAUCCCAAAUAAGCCCUACUCUAUUGCAUUUAAAUACAUGUUUACAGAAUGGAGAUUUUUACUACCUAACUAUUACUUUGCCUACCUAAAUUAAACACCAUCAGCGUAGGCCUAUAUAUUUUUCUUUCCCAGUAUAAAGAAAUCUGUAACAUUCUCGAUCCCGAAUUAACUUGCUGGUAUGCGGGUCACAUAUGUAUAUUUUUUUGUUCCAUAUGUUUGUACCUCUUGUAUGCAUCCUUUAACAUUAAACAAGGUUUGACACA